AUGACGCUGGAGGCUGCAACCGGGGCGAGCGGGCCGUCUGCCCCUUCGUGGGAGCUCAUCGCGUCGGAGAAGCGUCAGGCGCUGCUGGCGUCUAUACCUGAGGAGUGGCGCAUCCCGCCCGGCUUGCUGCCCCCCGAGGCAGAGGACGACGUCACCAACUGGCCCGAGACGAGUGGCUGGUUCACGCCGGACGAGCUGGCGAUUACAAACUCGACGGCGAGCGAGCUCGUCCCCAGGCUGGCCUCGGGGGAGCUUUCGUCCGCGGCUGCCACGAUGGCCUUUUGCAAGAGGGCUGCCGCCGCGCACCAGCUGACAAACUGCCUCUCGGAAACGUGCUUCGAUCGCGCGGUGCGGACCGCAAGGGAGAGGGACUUGCACCUCGCGCGGACUGGGAGCCCGGUGGGCCCCCUGCACGGCCUUCCCAUCUCGCUCAAGGACAACUUCAACCUACGGGGCCUGGACGCCACCCUCGGGUUCGCAUCGCACGUCGGCGAUGCGGCCGAGGCGGACUCGACGCUGGCGCGGGUCCUGGAAGACGCCGGCGCGGUCUUUUACGUCAAGACCAACACCCCCACCGCCAUGAUGAUCGCCGAGAGCGUCAACAACGUGUUUGGGAGGACGGUGAACCCGCUCAACAGGAAGACGACCAGCGGGGGCAGCUCCGGCGGCGAGUCGGCGCUGCUGGCCAUGAAGGGGAGCCCCCUCGGCGUGGGCUCGGACAUUGGCGGCUCGCUGCGCAUCCCCGCCGCCUGCACGGGUCUCUUCACCCUGCGGCCGUCCUACGGCCGGUUUCCCGUGAGGAACUGCCGCUCCGGGAUGCCCGGGCAGGAAGCCGUCCAGUCGGUCAACGGGCCCAUGGCCAGGGCGCUCGCGGACAUUGCCAUGUACUCUCGGGCAGUGGCCGGCAGCCAGCCCUGGCUUGCAGACCCGCGGUGCCUGCCCAUGCCAUGGCGAGAGGUCCACCUGCCGAGCAAGCUCAAGAUUGGCGUCAUGUGGCACGACAACAUGGUUCGUCCCACACCCCCCGUGACGCGGGCCCUCCGCGCGGCCGUGGCCAAGCUCGGGGCGGCGGGUCACGAGGUGGUCGAGUGGGAUCCCGCCGACCAGAGGGAGGGGCUCGACCUGCUCGCGCGCAUGUUUGUCGCCGACGGCGGCACGGCCAUCAGGAAGCAGCUCGAGCGGACCGGCGAGCCGUGGCGUCCCGAGAUGGAGCAGUUCCGCGUGGCCACGCAGCUGACGACGUACGAGAUGUGGAAUCUGCAGCUGGAGCGCGUCGACUUCCAGAACAGGUACCUGGACCGGUGGAACGAGGCCGGCCUCGACGCGAUUUUGUGCCCGACGAUUCCGUUCAACACCGUUAGGAACGGGUCAUUCAAGCAUGUCGGCUACACCGGGGUUUACAACGUCCUCGACUACUCCUGCCUCUCCUUCCCGACAGGCCUCACCGUCGACAAGGCCGUCGACCGCAUCGACGAGCGCUACCGGCCUCUUGGAUCGGACUGCGAGGCCAUCAAUACAGGCUAUGAUGCCGAGAUUAUGCACGGCUUGCCGAUUAGCUUGCAGCUGGUGGGUAGAAGACUGGAAGAAGAGAAGGUGCUUGCGAUGGGCAGCGAGAUUUUGCAUGCACUCUCGUCGUAG